CAAACUUGUCAAACUUGUUUCAUUUCAACUACUUGUCAUUUGUUUCCGUAUUUCUUCCAGGAGUAGAUCUCUAAGACAUGUAGGGAUGUCAUAGAGCUGAUUGGAACGUCAAGUUCAGUGGAUGACACCUGCAGGAUCCCUUCCUCCCAUUCGUGAUGUAUCUGCAUCGAGUGGCAGGAUAUGGCACCCACAACAGAGAUCUGAAGCAAUGGAUGGUUACCCUUCUCUCUGCUCUCUCCCUGAUGAUGGUGGUAGUGACCAUUGGACUUCUGGCUCUCUUCCUCGUGUUCGAUAUUCAAGUCAAUAGCAACUCAGGACAAAAGAGCUCAAAUCAACUGAAGGACUUACAAGAGACGAAUGAAAAUUUGGUAGAUGAAAUAUUUAUAGAUUCAGCCUUGAACAAUCGCUACAUCAAAAACCACGUAGUCGGACUAACACCAGAAGAGGAUGAUACAAAAGCAGACAUUGUCAUGGUGUUCCAGCCUCCCGCUACAGGGCGAAGAACCGUAGGGAAAAAGACGCACCAUAGCAUCUUAGAUCAGAAGACAAGGAACGCAAGAGCUUUGCCAGCUGAUGUCUCACUGGUUCAAGUUAAAGAUUGUGGCAAGCGAGCUAUCCCAUUAAUUGCCAACAGAAUAGUGUCUGGAAACCCUGCAGCUAAGGGUGCCUGGCCGUGGCAAGUUUCCCUUCAGCGAAGCAACAUCCAUCAGUGUGGGGGCACGUUGAUUGGUAACAUGUGGGUCGUCACUGCAGCACACUGUUUUAGAACCAAUUCAAACCCUCGCCAAUGGACUCUUAGUUUUGGAACAACAAUAAAUCCUCCCUUAAUGAAAAGAGACGUCAGAAGAAUUAUUAUGCAUGAAAGGUAUCGUCCCCCAGCAAGAGACCAUGACAUUGCUCUAGUGCAGUUUUCUCCCAGAGUCACCUUUUCGGAUGAAGUGCGCCGAAUUUGUUUGCCAGAACCCUCUGCAUCUUUCCCACCAAAUUCAACUGUCUACAUCACAGGAUUCGGAGCACUUUACUAUGGCGGGGAAUCCCAAAAUGAGCUCCGUGAAGCCAGAGUACAAAUCAUAAGCAAUGACAUCUGCAAGAAGCGACACGUGUAUGGCAAUGAAAUAAAACGUGGGAUGUUCUGUGCUGGAUUUCUGGAAGGAAAUUACGAUGCCUGCAGGGGUGAUUCUGGGGGACCAUUGGUUAUAAGAGACAACAAAGAUACCUGGUAUCUCAUUGGAAUUGUGAGCUGGGGAGACAACUGUGGUCAAAAGAACAAGCCUGGGGUGUACACACAAGUGACUUAUUACCGACACUGGAUUGCUUCGAAAACGGGUCUCUAACUCGCUACAGAUAGAUGUUAAAGAAAACCGUAGCGUGUCGGUUAUAUGCAUGUAAGAAUUCAGACAUCCAUUUGGUGGCAUUGGCACAAUGAAAUGAGAUUAAAUGGCUGGACCUAGCAAUGUGAAACACAUGAUUUAUUUCAGAAUCGCAUAUUUGUGAAGGUGUAGGCUGAUUUAUCAUUGAAAAAUGCAGUAAAGAUCCUUCAUCUCUUUAAAGCAAGGGUGCAUGGGAUGCAUUAUGUGGUUUUACAGAUGGCCUGGGAGAGUUUUAGAAUGUGUUUUUUCUGGGUACCCUUCAAGUAAAAAACGCUUUGAAUCUUCAGAGACGUCAAGGUGCUCAUACAAGUCCCUUUGAUUUAUCUAGAGUUCAUACACAUCUUUUUGUCUUCUUUACAUUUCUUCUAGAUUUUCCAGUUUUUUCCACCACAGGAAAUAAGUUUGUUACUUCUAAAUGCAUAUCAGGGAAUUUAGAAGGGACGAUUAUAUCAAAAUUUGGUGGCAAAAUAAAGUGAAGUUAGUUUAAACUUUGCUGGGAAUUUUUUCUGUUUUUUUUUUUAUGAUUUUUAGAAACACUACCAUGUAUACAACACUCAUAUCACCAUCCCGAUGGCAUAGAGAUACAUAAGAGAAAUACUGAUUAAUGGUACUUGAUCAAUAUAUAAUUUUUAUCCUGAAAAAUUGACAGGGAUGAUGACUGAGCUGUUCCAGGAUAGGUGUACAAGAUAUUUUGAAUGCGCACUUACAUAUUUUGGUCGCCAGGGGGAGAUUUUUGUCCAGCAUUAUCUUAAGGUCAAAUAAUGGAAAACUACAGGGAAUUUAUGUCCAGGAAGUAAAAACAAACAGACUCAUGAAGGCAUCAGGAAAGUGAAACAUUGUUGCCCACAAUAGACCUAAAGAAGGCUUUAUUGGAUAAUUUCUUGCCUGUGAGAUGUCUAAAUUUUCAAGUUAAGGUAUAUAAAACAGCUUAACAAAGUUAUAUGCAAUUUGCAUCCUUAGUUGUCAAAUUCACAUGCCCUCUUUCCUUGCAAAGUUUGUUUAUGGCUGCUGUAUUUAUUGAAUCGGUGUACCUAGGACAUUUCUCACUAAGUGCUAUUGGAUCAGUUUUCAAACUAGGAAACUCUUACUACCACUACUCACUUCAAAGCAAGGUUCUUUCUUCAUAUAUGUAAUAAAUUCUCACAUAAAUUUUCUGCAUUACAGUGGUUAACUAUGAUUGUGUUUCUAAUGCUAAGAUUCAGAAAGUGGUCUUAGAGUUGUAAAUAAUGCGCUCCAAACUGUCUGCUGCAGCAUUUCAUUCAUGGUUGUAUGGGAACAAAUAAUGUUUUAAAUCUAAUAAAGUUGGUGAUCAGAGC